AUGACAACCGCUAUGCCUGGAGGCCAAGAUUUGCAGGGUGCAUCGGAACGUCCUCCAAAACCAGGUAUCCCACAGCAGCAGCAUAGACCCGGAAGGAUUUAUUCUACAAAUCCACUGUUGCAACAGUCAAGAUCGGUGACGACCGAGCUCCUUUCACUUCUCCCUUCCCGAGAGGUUGCUGCCUUGCUGGUUGAUACCUACUUCGAUCGGGUACACUGGUUCAUGCUCAUCUUUCAUCAACAAGACUUCAGAAUGAAAUGGCAGCUGAUGUACGACCCUUCAGUCGACAGCACCCCGGGAGGAAAUCCCAACCCGGGGCCAGUGAGCACUUUUCUGAUGGUGAUUGCAAUCGCUCUGCAAUACAGCGGAAGCCACAGGCAGCAAAUACUGCAGACGCAUAAUGUUGAUCCGACUGCUAUGAAGGAAAAUAUUCUGUCAGUCAUACGGUCGAAAUUGCUAGACAUUGUUGCCUCUCAGUCUAUAGAAGCUGUGCAAACCUGCGUUCUUCUGGGCACUUAUUACCUCUAUCAUGGAAGCCCCAAUCUUGCGUGGCCAGUCUGUGGGUGCGGUCUUCGUGUCGCACAGGCGUUAAGACUACAUCGCAGAUUGCCAAUAACAUCUCCAGUAUCGCCCGAGUCACAACAGCUAAUUGAAACCCGAAAGCGCUGCUGGUGGGCUAUCUACGAGAUUGAGACGUUCUGUUCGAUUUCAUACGGUUAUCCGCAUGGCAUUGUCGACGCCGAUUGCAACGUGGAGCUUUUGGAUCCGUUGGCCACGUCACAGGGCCAGUCCCCUGCCAGCUACAACGAAGUACACAUGUGUCCGGCAACUCUGCUAUCAUACAAAUACCUGAUGUCCAAGCUUUCUGUCUUCCUUAAAGACGCCUUGACUGAGCUUUACGGGAUCGGGUGCCACAAAGCCAGUGACCAAAAGGAUCGAAGUCUCUCCGCUCGAUUUGAAAACCUUCUACAAAAGGUUCCUAGGCUAGAUGGUCGACUCGAACGAUGGAAGGCAGAGAUUCCUGGUCCACUUUGUUUCGAUCGGUUCAGUCCCGCAAGUUAUGCAUCUGUGGAGGAAAUCGACCGUGAUAUUGGUGCCUCGGGUCCGAAAUUCGAGACCCACGUGUAUCAACUCCAAGCACUUGCUCUCGCCCUUGCAUAUGAUAAUGCGAAGAUACUUAUCCACAGACCUCUCAUGGCAUACCGAGAGAAGCUAUCACAUAAUCAUACUCCAGCAGCUCUACCUCAUCCUUCAAAAAACUCAUCGCAUUUAGCUUUGACGGCCUGUCGAAACGCUGCAAUGAGUACGUCACACGUUGGAGAGUCACCUAUUUUCUCACUCGCUGCCGAAACAUACGCUGCAGCCUACAUCAGUAUUCACACAUUCACUGCUGGAGUAUUACUCUGUGUUCUCAGCAGCAUUGAGUCUCUUACGCCUGAAUCACAGGAGUCGAAGCUAGGACUGCGGCGCAUACUGAGCAUGCAAGCCAAGCUCAAGUCAAAGUCACCAUCCACUUUGUCGGCCCAGGGUCUGGAUAUACUGGAAAGGCUUACUCGCUUGGUCAUGGAGAAGGAGUUAAAAGAUCUUCUCGGUCAAGGUAGUGAUGCCGAUCUUCAGAGCAGGCGCACUGAGCCAGGAGUGCAAGAAAACUGGGAAGCUAGCCAACAGGGCCAACUGGAUGCACAACUCGGUCAAAUUAUGGAGCCGACACAUGAGCAAAUCAUGCCUGAGACACUCGAAGACACGGAUGUUUCACAGGCAUUAUUUGACCUCGAUCAAGCAUUAUUCAACAGUGACUCUCAGAUGCCCAUUGAUCCAAUAUUCUCCGACCCCAACGGACCUAGCAAUGUGUUCACCCAGGAGCAGGCCUGGAUCUGGGGCAUGGAAGAUCCGGUGGAAUUCAAUCAAGAGUGGUAG